AUGUCAGACCCUAUUAGAACGAAACCCAAGUCGUCGAUGCAGAUCGACAACGCCCCCACGCCUCACAACACCCCAGCAUCGGUUCUGAAUCCGAGCUAUUUGAAAAACGGGAACCCAGUGAGGGCCCAGGCACAAGAGCAGGAUGACAAGAUCGGGACUAUCAACGAGGAGGACAUUUUGGCUAAUCAACCUUUGCUGUUGCAGUCGAUCCAAGACAGACUGGGUUCGCUGGUGGGCCAGGACAGCGGAUACGUGGGAGGUCUGCCUAAGAAGGUUAAGGAAAAGCUGCUGAGCCUAAAGACGCUGCAGAACGAACUCUUUGAGGCGGAAAAGGAAUUCCAGGUCGAGAUGUUUGAGUUGGAGAACAGGUUUCUGCAAAAGUACAAGCCUAUUUGGGAGCAACGGUCUAAGAUCAUCUCAGGAGAGGAGCAACCCAAGCCCGAGCAAAUCGCCAAGGGCCAGGAGAUUGUGGAGUCAUUGAACGAGACGGAGUUGCUGGUGGACGACGAAGAGGAAGGCGAAAAGGACGCAGAGGAAGAGCAAAUGAAGGGAAUUCCUUCAUUCUGGCUGACUGCGUUGGAGAACUUGCCCAUCGUUUGCGAUACAAUCACCGAUCGUGACGCGCAAGUGCUGGAGUAUCUGCAAGACGUUGGGUUGGAAUAUUUGACCGACGGAAGACCGGGUUUCAAGCUGUUGUUCAAGUUUGAUUCUUCCACCAACACAUUCUUCACCAACGACACUCUACACAAGACCUACUUCUACCAGAAGGAGCUGGGUUACUCAGGUGACUUCAUCUACGACCACGCAGAAGGUUGCGAGAUCGACUGGAAGGACAACGCCCACAACGUGACUGUGGACCUUGAAAUGCGCAAACAAAGAAACAAGACGACCAAGCAGGUAAGGACCAUCGAGAAGAUCACCCCCAUAGAAUCCUUCUUCAAUUUCUUUGAUCCUCCUAAGAUCCAAAACGAAGAUCAAGACGAGGAGCUGGAAGACGACCUCGAAGAACGUUUAGCUCUAGACUACUCCAUUGGCGAACAGCUCAAGGACAAGCUGAUUCCUCGAGCCGUGGACUGGUUUACCGGCGCUGCCUUGGAAUUUGAAUUUGAAGAAGAAGAAGACGAAGAAGAAGUGGAUGACGAUGAUGAAGAAGACGAUGACCACGAUGUGGACGACGACGACGACGAUGGAGAAUCCGCUGAAGAACAGGAUGAUUUUGCGGGCAAACCAGAGCAAGCACCAGAGUGCAAACAGUCAUGA